AUGGACACGAGCUCAACUAUUUUAAUAAUUGGCUCGGCCGCUCUUGUUGCAGCCUUCCUCCUCCUGGUAAUUGGACUUGUGUACUCAGAGCUGAUGAACUCAGACAUUCCUGGCGGGGCUGCAAAUAGUGGGAAAUAGCACAUGGUUCAUGGCUUGUUUGUCAGCAUAGCAAUUGUUGUGGAAGCGCAGCAUCAUUUUGUUGAUGAAGUCUGCCGGCUCUUUGCCAAAGAGUCUGACACGUCUGUGGUUUCUGUUAGCUAUCGAUUAGCCCCUGAGCCCAGGUACCCCACUAGAUUGGCGACUCUUCACUUCCUGUCUAAUGCUGAGGCUGAGUUCAGCGUGGACUCUCAUAGAGCGGCACUUGGAGGGGACAGCACUGGGGCUAACCUGGCAGCAGCAAUGUGCCAACGGCUGGCAAGCAGUGAGGAGCGACAUCUGCUGUUCCCCUGCGCUCAGGUCCUCAUCCACCCAGCCCUGCAGAAGGCAGAUUUCAACCUGCACUCAUACCAGCAAAAUCAUGCUGAGCCCAUAUUGUUUCGUGCCCGGAUGGCAUUCUGCUUCCUGCAGAACCUCAAUGGAGACUUUUCUGUGAGCCAAGAUGUGUUGGAAGGCUAUCAUGCCCCUGCCGAGCUCAGGCCAUGCUAUGAAAGGUGGCUCUCCCCUUCCAACCUGCCUCCUGGGUGUCACACAAGGGGUUACUGAGAGCAGAAAACCCCAGAAUAUAAUGGGGAGAAAAACCCACCUUCCUUUAGCCUCACCUCAGAAUCUGAUAUCCUGAUGGAUGACCGGGUUCUUUACAGAAAACAGCUCCUGGACUUGGAAAUGGAAGUUGCCAGGUAGUUUAUGAUGGAAGGCUUUCGUAGCAUGAUGAACAUCUUUGACCAGGGCUGGCUCUCUUCAUCCUCUGCUGUGCAGGUUGUUAAAAGCUUUGCUCACUUUAUAGAAACACUGUAA